AUGACCGACCGAACGUUUGAUACUAGCUCCAGCACCCCUGCAUUAGAGGUUGUUUUGGUGUUGUGCUCGGCACUUAGAGCCACCUCUAGCAUAUCAACGGUUAUAAGCACUGGCGUAGUUGCGAGCACUGGUGUGGUUGCGAGCGCUGGUGUGGUUGCGAGCGCUGGUGCGGUUACAAGCGCUGGCACAGUUGUGAGUGCGAAAGUGGGUGUGGGCACAAGAGUGGGCGUGGGCACAAGAGUGGUUGUGGGCGCAAGAGUGGGCAUGGGUGCAAGAGCGGACGUAGUUGCAAGCGGGCACAAGCAUGAGAAUGGGCAUGAGCAUAAGAACAGGCAUGGUUAUGAGAAUGGGUGUGGGCGAGAGAAUGGGCAUGGUUGCAAGAGCUGGCAAGGGGGCAUUGAUGGCAGAGUGUGA